ACUGACGACGAGCCUCUGCAAGGGCGCCUGCUUGUUGUGCUCGCCGCCUUAGCCUCUCACAGGGGGCGGAAGGAAAGGCGGCGACGUCUCCUCCUCCUCGACGCUAGCCCGGCUUAUGGCGACGCUGGGCACAUCCGGGCUUUUCCUCCUUCGGCGGCCGGCGCCGACGCCGCUGCUGGUGCUCUGACCCGCAUCCAGCCCGACUCCAUUAGCGGCUGCUCCGCUGCCCACCCCAUCCCCGUCCGGGAGGGCUGCGGGGAACGGAGCGCCGGUCUCCCGCGGGGACAUGUCCAACCAAGGGGCCCGAAGGAACGGGCCCGUCAAGCUGCGCCUGACAGUUCUCUGUGCAAAAAACUUGGUGAAAAAGGAUUUUUUCCGGCUUCCUGAUCCAUUUGCUAAAGUUGUGGUUGAUGGAUCUGGCCAGUGCCAUUCUACAGAUACUGUGAAGAAUACCCUCGAUCCAAAGUGGAAUCAGCAUUAUGACUUAUACAUUGGAAAGUCAGACUCUAUAACAAUCAGCGUAUGGAACCAUAAGAAAAUCCAUAAAAAACAGGGAGCUGGUUUUCUGGGUUGCGUGAGACUUCUUUCCAAUGCUAUCAGCCGCCUUAAAGACACUGGUUAUCAGAGGUUGGAUCUAUGCAAGCUUGGACCAAAUGACAAUGAUACUGUUAGAGGACAGAUAGUAGUAAGUCUCCAGUCAAGAGACCGGAUAGGCACAGGAGGUCAAGUUGUGGACUGCAGUAGGCUAUUUGAUAAUGAUUUGCCUGAUGGUUGGGAAGAAAGGCGGACGGCCUCUGGAAGGAUUCAGUAUUUAAAUCACAUUACCCGAACAACACAGUGGGAGCGACCAACACGGCCAGCAUCAGAAUAUUCCAGUCCAGGUCGACCUCUGAGCUGCUUUGUAGACGAGAACACUCCCAUUACAGCUAUAAAUGGUGCAACAUGUGGACAGGCAUCUGAUCCCAGGCUAGCAGAGAGAAGAGUGAGAUCUCAGAGGCACAGGAAUUAUAUGAGCAGGACACAUCUACAUACUCCUCCAGAUUUACCUGAAGGAUAUGAGCAAAGGACAACUCAACAAGGGCAAGUGUAUUUCUUACAUACGCAGACUGGUGUGAGCACGUGGCAUGAUCCACGAGUACCCAGGGAUCUUAGCAACAUCAAUUGCGAAGAGCUUGGUCCUUUGCCUCCUGGAUGGGAGAUCCGCAAUACAGCAACAGGCAGAGUUUAUUUUGUAGACCAUAACAACAGAACCACGCAGUUCACAGAUCCACGGCUGUCAGCCAACUUGCACCUGGUUCUAAACCGUCAGAACCAACUCAAAGACCAACAGCAGCAGCAGCAAGUGGUAUCCCUGUGCCAGCUUCCAGAUGAGGCAGAGUGUUUGACUGUGCCAAGGUACAAGCGUGACCUUGUUCAGAAACUCAAGAUUCUAAGGCAAGAGUUAUCCCAGCAGCAGCCCCAAGCUGGACAUUGUCGCAUUGAAGUCUCCAGGGAGGAAAUUUUUGAGGAAUCCUACAGGCAAGUCAUGAAAAUGAGGCCUAAAGACCUAUGGAAGAGAUUAAUGAUAAAAUUUCGUGGGGAAGAAGGUCUCGAUUAUGGAGGAGUUGCCAGGGAAUGGCUGUAUUUGCUGUCUCAUGAAAUGCUGAAUCCAUACUAUGGCCUGUUCCAAUAUUCACGUGAUGACAUCUAUACGCUACAGAUAAAUCCAGAUUCUGCUGUUAAUCCGGAACACUUAUCCUACUUCCACUUUGUUGGUCGGAUCAUGGGCAUGGCGGUGUUUCAUGGACAUUACAUUGAUGGAGGCUUCACGUUGCCCUUUUAUAAGCAAUUGUUAGGGAAACCAAUUACGCUGGAUGACAUGGAAUUGGUAGAUCCAGAUCUUCACAACAGCUUGGUGUGGAUACUGGAGAAUGAUAUUACAGGAGUGUUGGACCAUACAUUCUGUGUGGAACAUAAUGCAUAUGGCGAAAUCAUACAGCAUGAACUGAAACCCAAUGGGAAAAGUAUUCCUGUCACAGAAGAGAAUAAAAAAGAAUAUGUCAGGCUUUAUGUGAACUGGCGAUUUUUACGAGGGAUUGAAGCCCAGUUUCUGGCUCUGCAGAAGGGGUUUAAUGAAGUAAUCCCACAACAUCUGCUGAAGACAUUUGAUGAAAAGGAAUUAGAGCUCAUAAUUUGUGGCCUUGGGAAGAUAGAUGUUAAUGACUGGAAGGCCAACACCAGGUUAAAACACUGCACGCCAGAAAGUAACAUCGUGAAGUGGUUUUGGAAAGCUGUGGAGCUGUUUGAUGAAGAGAGAAGAGCCCGAUUGCUGCAGUUUGUGACUGGCUCAUCCAGAGUGCCACUGCAGGGUUUCAAAGCAUUACAAGGUGCUGCUGGUCCAAGACUAUUUACAAUUCACCAGAUUGAUGCUUGCACAAAUAAUCUGCCAAAAGCUCACACAUGCUUCAAUCGAAUAGACAUUCCUCCUUAUGAAAGCUAUGAGAAACUUUAUGAAAAGCUGCUAACCGCCAUUGAAGAAACAUGUGGGUUUGCUGUGGAAUGAACAUUUUAUAGGCUUACCUGGGACUGUAUUUAUAUUCCGUCAAGCAGAAAACCCUCCCUUCAGCCAUGACACAGUAAAUGCUUGAAAUAUAGGAAGUCCCCCUCUCCCCUCUUUUCUACUUUUAUGACAUUACUGAGGGAAAGGACAGUUUUUGGAAUUCUUCAUUCAAGAAAAUGUCCUGUGGUUCCUACCAAGGAAUUGUUCAGCUGCUAUGGAAAACUAGUACUUUGAACAUACAGAAUGCUGACUUUCCCUUCAUUUCAACAGUUAAACAGUAUUCUUCUCUUUAAAAGACGACUACUAUUUUUGUAAAAGGGGAUUUGAUCUGUUUGCCUACCUGGUUUCUGUUCUCACAUGUCCAAGAUAUAGUUGUUGGUACAAAUAAUGUUCCAGCCUACAAGCAAACAUGUGGAACUGAACAGCGCUUAUACCUGCUAUUUUUUUAAACAAAAUAUUUUGAUGACUCUACUUUUUGCAUAAAAUUGGCUAAAAACAUCAUUAACCUUUUAAAUCAAGGCCAUUUUACAAGUAAACUGUGUUUUAUUAUAGUGAGUGAUUUUUCUCUGUUCAAUUUCAGUGUGUUUGUGUAAGAAAUUUUAUAUUUCUCAAGCAUGAAUUACAGGUUUUGGAUCCUGUUUUUCUCUUGUUGGAUUCUUAAGCAUAAAUAACUUGCACUGCAUUUGGUACAGUACUUGUGGUAAAUGUGGAAACCCCUUUUUAAAAAGCAUUCUAGGCAUUUAGCAUUUUUAAAUGAGCAUUUUUGUAAAAAAAAAGAAAGUUAAUACUUGAGUUUUUUUUAAUUUGCUUUCCAUUUUAAAUGGAAUUGCUGCAUUUUUUAAAAUUCCUAAAUGUAUGUUGAUGAUAUCAACAGCCUUCUACAGGAUCAUCAGUUCAUCUUUCAAAACAACUCUGUGGACAUCAUACCAACCAAAGCUUUUGUGUGCAGCGCAGCCAGUCUGCAUUGCAUUUUAGUGGCUAAAUAAAUCUUAUCAGGUUAACAAGCUUUUUUCUUUUUUUAAAUUCUGGGUAUAUGUUGGUUACACAACUAAGGGGGAAAGGUGAUGCCGUGGACUCAGACAUUGCAGAAACUCUGCUUUUAUAGAAAAUGUAAACAUGGUGUGAUGCUCCAGUAAAUGUUGGCUGGGUUAUGUCAGAAGUGGUCAUACUGUGCUAAAGAUAGAUAUAUACAGUUGAAACAUAUUCAGAGCAAAUGUAUUGGAUUGUUAAUGGGGUCUAUGUGGGAAAUCCUCCUACUUUUCAAUAUGGGAUUUUUGCUGCAAGCCUCCUCUUGCUUUUCCCCUUCCAAUUGUAUAUGGUACCUGAAACAGGUGCUAGUGCAAAAGGGCUAGUUCCACACAUGCAAAACUGUGUUUGUUUUCCUUAAUCGCGUAUGGAGGUGUAAAAAUGUGAAUGGUGCACUGCUGACAGUGGUUUCUGUAAUAGCCAUAUGCAAUCACAAGGAGAGCUUGCAUGUGUGAACUAGACUUUGCUCAGCUGUGUUGAAACCUAGGGAAUGGUCAGUAUAGCACAGCCGCUCACUUUUUUGUCUAGAUACAAGAGGCAGUAAAUGUUUCCAGGAUAUGGUAAUCAUAAUUAAACCAUCUAAACUCACCACUUUUCUCAUGCUGAUAAAUAGUACUGGUCCUGGAGACUCACUGGUCGUAUGGUAACUACCACUUCCAUUGGAUUAGCAAGAUUAAGAGGAUAAAUUUAAUGGUUUUGAUUUGCAACACAGGUUAUAAUGAAUUCUCUGCUCCUGUAUUAGACAAAACAAAGGCUGGUUUCUAAUGUGAUUUUGCUCAAAUUAGAAUGUUGUAGCAAACCAGAUGGUGGUGGAAGAUGACUGUAUGGUAGAGGAGUAGGAAUAACUUGUUGCUGUUUCUGAUGUAUCAGGUAUCCAUUUCUCCUGCUCAAGAGCUGCAAUAAAGCUGUUACUCUAAAGGUAAUAUUUUGACUUGAGGCUGAUUUGAAAACUUGGCCCUGGUUGAUAGGUUUAUUUCAGUGUGAUGUGGUUGGAUGCUGUCUUUCUGGAGCGGCUCUGGGCUUUGUUUCAGCUUCUCAUUCAGGCCUCAGGAGUAGCACUGACUUUUUUUUCUGUCAAAAGUAGUAGGAUGGGAAGUUUACUGGUUUUCAUGCCUUUUGUUAUGUGCAAACUGUAAGGUUCCCUAUGAAUCCUUCCAAUGGGCCCUAGCAUAGUGUAGAUUAUGAUUUGGAUCUUUCAGAAGCUGUCAUUUUGCUGCUCUCUGUGUGUUCAAUGAGGGGAACUUCUUGGAGAACCAGCUUUUGUACAAAGCAUUCUUUGCUGCUUGCUCUGUAGGAAAGGUCAUAUGUAUUCUUCCUUCUCUGCAGACUUAACAUUUGAUUCACAAUAAAUAGCCUAGCCCUUAUGUCAUGUAAAAAUGCAUUUGUUAUACCACAUUAUAUUGUACAUGAUCGUCUCCACUGAUUGCCUCUGCUCAUCUUACAGCAAUUAUAUAUCGAUAAAACAGUAACUCAUUGCUAAAAGAUCAGGUUUAUAGCCCUAAUAUAAAAUCCAUGGGGAAACAAAUGGGAUGCCAUCUCAUACCAAAACUUGAGUUUUGAGAGUCACUCCAUUAUCCUCCUGUUUUAAAAUGUUUUGGGUGCAGAGAUCCUUUUAUCAUUACAGGGCUAACUUAGUGAAUGCUCAAUGUUACCAUCUAAAUAAAAGCAUUACUUUGACAUACAUGGAGCAGCCUGAUGCAAACUGAAUGUUGGGUCUUCUGAGUGCCUUUAUCUGUAUAACCAUGAAAAGCACACCAUCUAUCAGAAGUUUCUCUGAAGUGUCAUACCACAACCAUGCCACUUUUCCUACUAAACCCAAUAUGGUGUUGGAUCUCGGAUUUUUACCCCAGAUAUAAAUGUGAAUAUUUAUUUCCAUCAUGUCCUUCUUCCUAUAUUGUUUGUUCAUCUAUUCUGAAUAUGCAUAAGAUGACUAAGAGAAAAGCCCCUUCCAUUUCCAUAUGUUGUUUCUUUUCAUUAUGAAUGUUUAAAUAUGGAUAGUGACUAUUUUGAUAGGAUUCAAAUAUGCAGUACUCAGUUGCAUUUCAGAUUUAAUUUUUAGGUGUAAAGUUUUGUAAAUGGUGCUUUGUACAGUAUAUUCUAUUUUUUGCACAUAGCUUCAGUUUCCCUAAACUGACUUAUUUUUUACCAAAAUUGUGUUGUAUCAGAGUCCAGAGCACACAAGGUUGUUGUUUGUUCACAACACUACAUUUGUUAACCUACUGGUGCUUUUAAGCUGGCUGAAUUAUAGAAGUACAAGCUUUGCUUCUAUAACAUACAUCACAAUGUAGCAUUGACCCCAUUGCUUCAGACUUUAAACUGUACCACAUAGUUAACAGGUGCAAUUUGAUGUACUUAAGACACACUCUUUUUAUUAAUAGGUUUUUCCAACUCUGCCAAAUUCUAAGAGCUUUGUCUAUAGCGAAAAUUAGUUUAUACUUGGUAUGAUUCUUACUUAUUCCACAGACUGACAGGUGGUUUUAGUUGCAUUUUUAUUGUAUUUAUUGCAGGAUGUUUUUAGCAUUGAUAUUCAUUGUAUUUUCACCCAAGUUGUUACAUGAGCUUUAACAAAACAUCUGUAUAAAAUGUUUUUUUCUAAAAGUAUGUACCCAUGCAGAAAUUGAGCAAUAAAACUGUAUGCUGUUUGCACUUCCACAGCAUCAAUGGUUUUUAAAA